GUGCCAUAUUGGAAUGAGGCGGUGAGCGGAGCGCCGGCGAGCCUUGCCCGAGCCCCGGCAGCGGCGCAGGGCUGGAAAAACUCCCCCUAGGGGAUGAAAGACUGAGGAGAUGGAUUCUUGAAGUUUUAAUGAAACAUUCUGCUGUGCUGGAGAGGCUUUUUUGCUUCAACACAAAGCUUGAAGAAGCAGACACUGGGAUGCUGAUGAGAUCAAGACAGUGACUGGGUUGAGUUUUUCUACUUUCUGUUCCCAAGGCGUGUUACCAGAUUGCUGUGGAAAUGAAUGGAGAACAGCAGCAUGAGACAGAUGCAGGAUCUGUUGUGGAAGAAGCAGAGUUCAGUUGGGAUGACUAUUUGGAAGAUACAGGAGCAACAGCAGCACCUCACAGCUCUUUUAGACAUGUGGAUACUAGCCCACAAAAUGGCUUCAUACCAGGCAUGAAAUUGGAGGUUGCUAUCAAACCAGGCCCUGAUACUUAUUGGGUUGCCACAAUCAUUACCACUUGUGGGCAGUUACUACUUUUGCGCUAUGAUGGUUAUGGAGAAGACCGCAAGGCUGAUUUUUGGUGUGAUAUCAUGACAGCUGAUUUGCAUCCGCUUGGCUGGUGUGAGCAGAACAAGAAGAUCCUCAAAGUGCCUGAAGGUAUUAAGGAUAAAAUUCCCAAUCAGAUAGAAUUCCUUCAGCAAAUUCUGAAAGGAUCAUGCAGCCCUCCUGCCAGUCUUCUAGAAGGGCUCCAUCGAGGAAAAAAUUCUUUGGAUCUUAUUGCACCAGGAUCACGACUUGAAUGUCAGCACUUAAAAGACUAUCUAGGAGCUUGGAUAGUCAUUGUUCUGGAAAACAUUGGUGGAAGACUCAGGCUGCGCUAUGAAGGACUUGGAGAUGUAGAACAAUAUGACUUAUGGAUGUUCUAUUUAGAUCCCUUUCUUCAUCCAAUGGGUUGGGCAUCUCAACAAGGGUACAUCCUUGAACCACCUUUAGCUAUUAAGUAUUUGAAGACUGAGACAGAAUGGCAAGAAAUUCUAGCAAAAGUAAAAGAAGAAGAAGAAGAAUCGUUAGUGCCCACUGAUCUGUUCAAGGACAAACCUGCUGUUGGAACUCAUGCAUUUUCUGUAAACAUGAAGUUGGAAGCUAUUAAUCCAAAAGCUCCUUUUGCCAUAUCACCUGCUACAGUUACAAAGGUAUUGGAUGAUAAAUAUUUCUUAAUAGAAAUAGAUGAUUUGAGACCAGAUUGUACCACAAGUCAGCCUUUUAUUUGUCAUGUCAACAGUGCUGGACUUUUCCCUGUACAGUGGAGUCUGAAAAAUGGCUUACAUCUCAACCCUCCACCUGGUUAUCCAGGUCAAGACUUUGACUGGGCAGAUUAUCUUAAGCAAUGCGGAGCUGAAGCUGCUCCCCAAAGCUGUUUUCCUCUGUUAAAUUCUGAGCAUGGUUUUAAGGAGAACAUGAAACUUGAGGCUGUGAAUUCAGAAAACCCAGAAGAAAUCUGUGUGGCUACUAUUACAAAGGUGAAGGAUUCCUAUCUCUGGCUACAGCUGGAAAGUUCUAAAAUUCCAGUCCCUGAAUUUAUAGUGAGUGUGGAAUCUAUGAAUAUAUUUCCAGUUGGUUGGUGUGAAACUAAUGGAUACCAGCUUAGACCUCCUCGCAGAGUAGUAGUGAGUAAGGAAAAGAAAAUUGCAGUUGUUCAACCAGAGAAACAGAUAUUAUCUUCAAGGACCGUCAGUGAAGGAUUAAAGACCCAGGAACUGAACUCAACUGACACUAUUAUAACAAAUGGUAAAUACUGUUGCCCAAAGAUCUACUUUAAUCACCGAUGCUUCUCAGGACCUUAUCUUAACAAAGGGAGAAUUGCAGAACUCCCACAAUCUGUAGGACCUGGGAAUUGCGUCCUUGUUCUUAAAGAGGUUCUCUCUUUGUUGAUCAACGCUGCUUAUAAACCUAGCCGUGUUCUUAGAGAAAUACAACUAGAUGAAGAACCUUCGUGGCAUGGAUAUGGAGAGACUUUGAAAGCAAAAUACAAAGGAAAGAGCUACCGAGCUACAGUGGAAGUGGUAAGAACAGCUGAUCGAGUUGCAGACUUCUGCAGGCAGACCUGCAUCAAACUGGAAUGUUGUCCAAAUCUAUUUGGCCCCCAAAUGGUGCUAGACAAAUGUUCUGAGAACUGCUCUGUUCUAACAAAAACCAAAUACACCCAUUAUUAUGGAAAGCGGAGAAACAAAAGGAUUGGCCGACCACCUAGUAUCCACAGCAGCAUUGAGGCAAGCAUGAAAAAAGCAAACAGGAAAAGAAAAAAACGGAAAAACUUCUUUGUUCAUAAGAAGAAGCGAUCUUCCACCUCUGUAGAUAACACACCAGUGGGAUCACCCCAAGGAAGUGGUGGUGAAGAUGAGGAUGAUCAGGAUGAGAUAGACGAGGAGUCUCUUACCGAAGACAGUACCUCUGAACAUCAGGAGGAACUGCUUGAGGAGUCUGAAGUGUCAGAGAAGAAAUCACAGUCAUCUUCCCCAACACAGAGUGAGCAGUCUCAUUUUGGGGCUCCAGACCGGGACAAACGGAAAAGAAAACUACGGACUUUUUCUUUCUCAGAUGAUGAAAAUAAGCCACCUUCACCAAAGGAAAUAAAGAUAGAAGUUGAUGAAAAAUUACAGCUGGACAGCAAUCCUCUGGAAUGGAGUGUAGCAGAUGUUGUGCGGUUCCUUAAAUCUACAGAUUGUGCACCAUUAGCUAGAAUAUUUCUGGAUCAGGAAAUAGAUGGGCAGGCACUUCUCUUGCUCACUCUUCCCACGGUUCAGGAGUGCAUGGACUUGAAACUUGGCCCAGCCAUUAAACUUUGCCAUCACAUUGAAAGGGUUAAAUUUGCCUUCUACCAGCAGUUUGCCAACUAAAACAGGAGGAAGAUAAGAGGAACCUGAAACUUUGAAGCACAAUUACAGUAACCUGCUUUUCUUUCAGCAGGAAGAACCAAGAAGGGAUAGAUGGAAACUGCUUAUGAACUGGCUUUACAGUUUUGCACUUUGAGUGGGGAAAAUACUUGGAGCAAAAUAUUAAUGCAAUCCUAACUAUCUUUGCAGCUGUCUUUUGGCUUAAAAAAGUAGUACUUACUCAUUCUGUACAUCAGGGCUUUUUUAUGAAUAAAAGAUGAUUUAAAUAUCUUUCACGAGGAGAAAAAAAAAAUCCUCCAGGUGUGGUAUGGACAGAAUUUACAGCAUGCGGAAAGGAAUGCAGAAAAUGAGCAUCUCUUUGCUGCUUGCUGAAUGACCGUCCUCUUUUUUUUUUUUUUUCCUUCAGUCUUGAAGAUAAUUUAAAUAAGUAGACUAGCUGUUUGCCAAGAUACGUGGUGUGGCCAAAAGCUUAAAAGUGAAACUGCAGCUUCUUUCUGACCUUUAUUUUAGAGCCUGCUCUCUACCUCUAAAACCAAAAAAGGCUACAAGGCAAGUUAAAGAAUGAUCCAGCUAUUGACUUUUCUGUAUUUAAAUUAUGAAUGCCCCUCUUUUUCUACUGUCCUGACAGAAUCAUAGCCUUUAGCAGCUACCAGAUAGUCACAGACUGAAGAAGUAGCAUUCUUUAUUAUGGAGAAAUACUGAUAGUGGAGAUUGUGCCUGUCAUGUUGCAGAUAAAAGUAGAGAUGGAAAACUUAGAAAUUGUGGAUAUUAAAAUAUGCUAUGUGCUAUGGAUAAGCUAAAGUUGCACAGAAAUAUUGCCACACACCAGAAAUAUUUUUUAGAAAAUAUGUACUGUUUAGGGAAAAUUACAUGGUCUUAUUAUUAUUUGCUGAAAAAAACUGAACUAGCAUCCUUAGAAGAAUGAAUUGAAACGCAGAGCUCCUUCCAGUUCUCAAAUAACUAAAUUUCUUCACUUAUUUGUUGCAGGUUUGUAAAUGCACCCAAAGGAUUUUCUUAAAAGUAUAUACAGAAGAAAAAUUGUGGCAUAGUUUGCAUGCUAUACAUACAUAUUAGGAGAUGAGUUUGGUUUGUUUAACAUACAGAGAAGUCAGCUGAAUUCAUCAGCUUAAUAUGCUGAUCUAAUACAAAGAGCUACUACCCACAACUUCAGGAACAAACUAAGUUUUAUGGAAGCUAGAAGGACCAGAGCAGUUUCUGCAUUUCUACCCAUUACAAACAUAAAUUGUGACUUCAGCCAUUGAGUAUUCAAGUUAGAUCAAAGCAUUGGUGACUUGCUGGAGUCAUGUUGCAGGGCAUAUUGAAUACUUUUAGGAAGAGACAGAAUGUGGUAUCUUGAAAGAAAUUUCUUCAUAACUUAUUUAAGUAUAUGGAAUCCUAAAGUAGAGAUAGAAUGAUUUCAUGCUUCAGGUUUCAGUCAAAGUAGGUUUAAUACAUGAAAUGUUAUGUAACUGGACAUGUGGGCCAAGUUUGCAAUUAGAUUUUGUACAUUGAAAUUAGUGCUAUUCAGAUACUCCAUUAUUUGUAAGAACAUGCAUGUGUGUGAAAGUAUAAAUGCCUGUUUGGCAUCAGAAAGAAUAUUGGGGUUUUUUGUAAAAAAAAAAAAAUCAGGCUCAAUAUAAUUCUUGUUUUAUUUAAUUAGCUCCAAUUGGAAUACGUUCAUGUGUUAAAACUUGUAUGUUUAAGAUUUUCAGGGUUUUUCAAGUAAAGCUUUCAUAUGCCAUAUAUUGCUGUGAGUAAUACUUUGAAUGCCAGUAAAAUAGAUGCUGGCUUAUUUAGGUUAUAUUUAUAGGCUGACAUUCCAGUCUUGU